UCACACCAAAACAAUUUAACUAGCACGUGCGGUUAUUUUUAUUUUGAUUUGCCGGAAUAUUUUUGUUAUCAUGGAUAUGUUUACCAAUACUCCGGGCUUCUGCCCCUCCUGUGGCUCCAUUCUUCCCGAGCUUCAGGUCAAAGGCAAUGUAAUUUGCUAUAACUGCAAGCAGGAGUUUGAACCAGAUGUUUACAGUGGCGAGAAGUCUGAGUUUACCAUUCACUUCAACACCUACGAUCCCAGCAAAGUGUUCAACAGAACUAAACGCGAAUCCGAGUCCUCGGAGGCGGAUGGUCCUGUGGUGGAGAGGAAGUGUCCCAAGUGCAACCACGACAAGAUGUCCUAUGCCACUCUGCAACUUCGAUCGGCGGACGAGGGACAAACAGUCUUCUUCACCUGCCUCAAGUGCAAAUUCAAAGAAUCGGAGAACUCUUAGAUGCUAACAAUACCUGUGUAAAUAGUCUUAUAGUUAAUGAAAGUAAUCAUGUUCGACGGCCUGCAAAUAUAGUUUUUACUAUUGUUAA